AUAAACUGUACUUGCAUUUGUUUCUUUCCUUCUCUCAAAUUUAGUUUUGAUGAAAUUACUGGUGGAUUUGAUCAACUUCCUCAAAGGUUCUUUAAGGAAAUGGUUAGAAUUGUCCAUUUCAAUUGCACGGUGGAGAAGAUACUUCGCAUCAACAACAAAGUGAGAGUCUUCUACAACUGGUUGUCCAGGCCUACAUCUCUGGUUGCUGACUAUGUCCUCAUCACAGCUACAGCAAGAGCCACACGACUCAUCAAGUUUGUGCCACGUCUUUCCAUUCCCAAGACUCGGGCACUGCGGUCUUUGACUUAUGCAAGUUCUACUAAAAUUGCUUUGAUUUGCACUGAGAAGUUUUGGGAGAACGAGGGGAUCCACGGAGGGAGAUCGAUCACAGAUCUCCCAUCACGAAUAAUUUACUAUCCAAAUCAUGACUUGCCCCAUGGAAUAGGAGUCCUUCUGGCAUCCUAUACUCGGUAUUCUGAUUCUGAGUUUUAUACGGCACUCAGUGAUGAAAAGUGUGUUGAUGUGGUGAUGGAUGACCUUGUAGAAAUCCAUCAAGUAUCUAAAAAUUAUCUCAAAUUGGUCUGUGGCAAAUCUGUGGUGCAAAAAUGGACCCUUGACCAAUACUCUAUGGGAGCAUUCAGCACAUACACCCCAUACCAGAUUACCCAUUAUUCUCAGAUACUGGCCCAAAAUGAAGGGAGGAUCUACUUUUCGGGUGAAUACACAGCUCAUCCACAUGGUUGGAUUGAAACUUCAAUGAAAUCUGCCAUAAGGGAAGCAAUUAAUAUCCACAAUGCAUAAAAGGAGUAGUUUAAUGCGGAAGCAUUUACUGGUUUAUCGAAGAAUAAUUUUCUUACAGAACAAUCAUUUGGCUGUGACUCCA